AUGAGCAACCAAACUCUUGAGAAGGACUUUGAGAAUGGCAACCAUCUCGACGGUAACAUGGACCCAGACUCCGCGUUGAGGAGGAUCCAAACAUCUGGUAAGUAGUCGUCGCAUGCAGCACACUCCAGGAAGCCACUAUCAGUGAAGCUCUCCCCCAGAGCUGCGCAUCCUCCGAGCUCUCUCACCCUGCUGAGGACGAGGACUCGCGCGGCGCUCUCGAGGGAGAGCUUCAUUGCAUCGCAUAAUGUGGAGAUGGGUUUUGCUCAAUUGCCCGAGUUCGAACAAUUCUAACCCGACUCUGAUGACAGGCUCCAUCUCGGUCUCUCCCGAGCUCUUCGAGAAGAUCUACCUCUCGCCUCAGAACAAAGUCGCCGGUGAUCUCCGAAAGACCUUUGGUAACCCGACUCCAUUGGCUCUCGCUGGAUUCUUGCUGUCCCUGACUCCGCUUUCUUGCGAUCUUAUGGGCUGGCGAGGUGCUGGUGGCAAUGGAGCUGCUUCUACCGGUGUAUUCUUCUUCUUUGGUGGCCUCUUGAUGACACUGGGCUCGCUCGGAGAGGUGAGACAGUUCACCGUGCCCAUCUUCUCGUGAUUAUUGAGCUGACUUGUGAUGUUCUAGUUCAUCCUCGGUAAUACCUUCCCCUUUGUCGUCUUCGGAACUUUCGGUGCCUUCUGGCUGUCCUACGCCGCGACUCUCCAGCCUUUCUACAAUAGCUACGGAGCCUACAUCGCCGCGCCCACCGACCCCGUCGCCAGUGGUCUCCAAACCACCGGAUUCAACGCUUCGUUCGCCUUCUUCCUGGUCUUCAUGGGUGUCCUGUGCUUUUUGUACAUGAUCCUCGCCCUGCGAACCAACGUGGUCUUCUUCCUCAUCUUCAUGACCCUUGUGCCAGCUUUCGCCCUCCUCGCGGCUGCUUUCUGGCACUUGGCUGAGGACUACGAGGGCAACGCCGCUCUGGCGAAGACGGAGGUCUUGGCUGCUGGCGCGUUGACGUUCGUGACGGACAUGUGUGGAUGGUACAUCUUCUUCGCCAUCUUGCUGGCGUCUUUGGAUUUCCCAUUCCAGCUUCCCGUCGGCGAUCUGAGCCGCUUCGUCAAGGGCGCUUCCGAGAAGGGCAAGCGCAAGGACCACCCAGCAUAG